AUGCCGCCCAGGGACUCUCAUGCUCGCGGAUCCGCGCCCAGUGCUGGCAUCGGAGAGCCAUGGCGUCGAGGGCGCGGCACUACGGGUGUGAGCGCGAGCGCAAACGCGAUGAACCGCAACCAUCCAGGCUCGCAUCGAGGCGGAUCGCGAGGCACCUCAUCGAACGCCCAUGGGCGGCGCGAUUUCGAGUACAUCGCCUCGGUGAGCCGUAGCAGUGGCCUCGAUAAGGACGGAGACGCAUUGAAGGAUCCUGUUGUGCAAGUAGAGUAUCGCGCUUUCAUCCAAGGGAAGCUCGACACCUAUUGGGAACGUUUUCCCGUCGGUCAGCGAGGCAGUGAUACCGAGAUCGAGAACCACCGGAAGGAGGUAGAAGGAAAUAUACUGAUUCAACUUCGAAAGCUACGAGAAGGCAUAUCAGCAACGAAGCGUGCGGACGAGUUUGCCGUGGAAGUCUAUGAGACGUCCCUAUAUCUGUCCCUGAUAUUUCGCUCGACGGCGAACCUGGCUUCCAUAUAUUCUCAUCUACUUCACUGUCUACUUGUUCGUUCGGCAAAUACUCCUAUCAUCUGGACGUAUGUGCUUGUUCAGCUCCGGGCAUUGGUCGAUCGAGGCGCUUCGCAAAAACACUUCUAUCAAGCGCGUACAGAACUACUCAAGGAUUGUAAACCGGAUGAUGCCCUCGAGUCAUGGAUAUUAGGCUUGGCUCAUUCUUUGCACCGGAACGAAGGCUCCCGCUUCGAGGUUUUAUCUCGAACGAGGACAGCACUGGAAGUGCUCCCACAACGGCCGCCACCGCCGGACUCCGGCCCCGACCUUGCUGUAGCAGCUCUAGAAGGGCUUCUGAAUGACCUUCGCGAGCAUGCACGGCGCUCUGCAUGGGCGGUGUUUCGAAAAUCGUAUCGCGAAUUCGGCCCGUCCUCACGACCCUGGAUCGGUCGCUUAUUACUCUUUGACAUUGAUCUGCCCGCAGGAAGCGAUGCACUCGACGCAUGGCUAUCCCAGUGCGAAAAGCAAGGGGAGAUUGCUCCGAAGGCGGCUGUUGAGGGCCACUGGUUGAUAGUAAAGCGAUGA